AUGACCGGAACGGUAGCGCAGCGGAUAGCUGCUGCUGCACCGUUGGCGUUAUUUCUUGCUGUAAUCGGGUUCGCCUCGUGGGCUGGUCGGGAUCAGUUGAAAGCUGCCGUUGAGGCAUCUGGAGCUUUCGUCGCCGCACAGUUUGGUCAAGGCAGACCUGUGCAACCCUCUGUUGAUCAAAAAGCGACGCCGGUGAAAGGACCCACGAGCACAGGAAAAGCUGCUGCCGGCGCAGCUAUAGGACCUGGUGCUGGCACGUCAUCUGAAGUAACCCAAAGGGUUAUCGUUGAGAUCGAAGAUAAGGGACGCAAAUUGCAGAUCUUGGACGUUCCCAUUCCGGAGGACUGCUAUCCGCAACAGCACACAGAUUAUGCCGGUGACGCGGUGGUGUGGGGCCUCGGCCACAAGAGGGCAUCAGCAGCUGAGUGUUGCCAGGCCUGCAGAGACCACCAGCUGAAGGCCGGGGGCAACAUGCCUUGCAACAUCUGGGUCUGGUGCGGUGAUCCUAGCGGGAUUUGCUGGACCAUGGAGAUCAACCACCAAGGCGCCUUUUCUGCGGAUUUCCGUGCGGUGCAUCGAACUGCCCCCGAAUUCGUACCCUGGGUGGCGGGUGUCGUACCCGUCAAGGCCAAGACAGCUGCAACAGCUCGGCGGCGCCUGCGGACGACAGGCGCCUAA